GAGCGGGAAGAGGGGGGUGGGUGGGAUCGGAGGGGGAGACCAUGACCUCCAGCUACGGGCACGUUCUGGAGCGGCAGCCGGCUCUGGGCGGCCGCUUGGACAGCCCGGGCAACCUCGACACCCUGCAGGCCAAAAAGAACUUCUCCGUCAGUCACCUGCUAGACCUGGAAGAAGCCAGGGACAUGGUGGCGGCGCAGGCGGACGAGAGCGUGGGCGAGGCGGGCCGGAGCCUGCUCGAGUCGCCGGGGCUCACCAGCGGCAGCGACACUCCGCAGCAGGACAAUGAUCAGCUGAACUCAGAGGAGAAGAAGAAGCGAAAGCAGAGGAGGAACAGAACCACCUUUAACAGCAGCCAGCUGCAGGCUUUGGAGCGAGUCUUUGAGCGGACACACUACCCUGAUGCUUUUGUGCGAGAAGACCUGGCCCGCAGGGUGAACCUCACUGAGGCCAGAGUGCAGGUGUGGUUUCAGAACCGAAGAGCUAAAUUCCGCAGAAAUGAGAGAGCCAUGCUGGCCAAUAAAAAUGCUUCCCUCCUUAAAUCCUACUCAGGGGACGUCACUGCUGUGGAGCAGCCCAUCGUACCUCGUCCUGCUCCAAGACCCACCGAUUAUCUCUCCUGGGGGACGGCCUCUCCGUACAGCGCCAUGGCUACUUAUUCUGCCACAUGUGCCAACAAUAGCCCUGCACAGGGUAUCAGCAUGGCCAACAGCAUUGCCAACCUGAGACUGAAGGCCAAGGAAUAUAGUUUACAGAGGAACCAGGUGCCAACAGUCAACUGAGGAAAAAUAAGAUAAAAUAAAAUAAAGCAGGCCUAAGAAGAAAUCAAAA